CGCCACGGUGCGAGGGCGCCCCGCGGGAGCGGCGCGCGCAUGCGCAGCAUUCCAACCAGCAGACGACAUUUCUAUUCGCGGGCCGGCGAGCGGGUGUUCAGUUACCGGCGGAGCUGCACGAGGCGUGUGUCGUGCGGUUGUUCUCCGACAAGUGUCCGCGUCUGUUCUCUGUCCCUGCACCAGCGAGCCAUGGCGCAGCUCAUCACCGCGAAGCUCUCCCGCUUCGACGCGGCCCCGUGGGGGUUCCGUCUGCAGGGCGGCAAAGACUUCGGCACGCCACUCCUCAUUCAGAAGGUGAACGGUGGCAGCCUCGCCGAGAAGGCCGGUCUUCUAGCGGGAGACGCGGUGAUACGCGUCAACGGCGUGGACCUCUACGACUUGCGGCAUAAGGACGCCCAGGACGUGAUUGUGCGCUCCGGCAACAACCUGGAGGUCGUCGUGCAGAGGGGCGGCAGCACCUGGAAGCCCGCCGUGACGCCUGUGGGCGCAGCGCCCACCGCGCCCAGGGCCAAGCUGCAGCCCGUCACCAGCACCUCGCUGGCCGCCAACAAGCCUGACGCGCCGCUCAUCGGCGUCGGACACAACCUCACGCCCAAGCCCUUCGGCGCCGCGCAGGUGAACGGCGACGCGCCGGUCAGGUCCAUCGUGAACAAGCAGUACAACUCGCCCGUGGGGCUGUACAGCGAGCAGACCAUCGCCGAGACGCUGUCGGCGCAAGCCGAGGUCCUGGCCGGCGGCGUGCUCGGCGUGAACUUCAAGAAGAACGAGAAGAACUACAACGCGGAGAACAGCGAAGUGUUCAAGAUGGUGCAGGAGAUCGACAAGGAACCUCGUGAGCCCGAGCCAGAGCCCGUGGUGGCGCCGGUGCCUGCAGUGAGCGGCCUGCGUCACGUGUCGGCGCCCGAGUCCACGCCGCCGGCGCCGUGCGGCCAGCAGGACCCCUUCAAGAUCCUGCCGCCCGGCCAGAACAUCUGCGCCGAGUGCGAGCGCCUGAUCGUGGGCGUGUUCGUCCGCAUCAAAGAAAAGAACCUGCACGUGGAGUGCUUCAAGUGCGCCACCUGCGGCACGUCCUUGAAGAACGUCGGCUACUACAGGAUCAACGAGAAGCUGUACUGCGACGUGCACGCCAAGCUGGUCGCCCGACAGACCACGGCCUUCUCCAACCUCGAGCCGGUCACCAUACCUCCGAGUGCGCUUAGCGCCGCCGGCUACAUCAAGGCCGCACUGCCUCCAGCUGCGUCCACUCCUGCCGCCCCGGGCAGCCUGUCGCCCCAGCCGGGCACCCUGGGGCCUCUGCCGUUCCACGCGCCCCGGACUACUCCGUCUCAUGUUACUGCACCGCACUCACCUAUUCAGAAUCCAACAAGUUUUGCUGGUCCAAAGCUUUUCACUGUGCCGCAGAUCUCAACUGCACAUCGUUCGCCAUCAGGCCUGGGCGGCGCGACCUUCCCGAAGGGCGCCAGCCUGGGCGGCGCGGGGCCGCGCGGCGCCAGCUUCGCCGGCUCGACGGCGCCGCGCCGCGGCCAGGGCGUGCUGAACCCCAGUGUGGCCGCGGGCGCCCGCGUGCCCAUGUGCGCGCAUUGCAACGGCCAAGUCAGAGGCCCAUUCAUCUCUGCGCUGGGCAAGAUCUGGUGCCCCGAGCACUUCGUGUGCGUGAAGCCGCACUGCCGCAGGCAGCUUGCGGACAUCGGCUUCGUGGAAGACCACGGUGACCUGUACUGCGAGUACUGCUUCGAGCAGUUCUUGGCCCCCACCUGCAGCAAGUGCAACUCGAAAGUCAAAGGGGAUUGCUUGAAUGCAGUAGGGAAGCACUUCCACCCAGAAUGCUUCUCCUGUACCUACUGCGGGACUUUGUUCAGGAACAACCCAUUCUUCUUGGAGGACGGCCUACCCUACUGUGAAUCAGACUGGAACGAAUUGUUUACAACCAAGUGUUUCGCGUGCGGCUUUCCCAUCGAGGCGGGAGAUCGUUGGGUCGAGGCGCUAAGCAACAACUACCACAGCCAGUGUUUCAACUGCUCGAACUGCAAGAAGAACUUGGAAGGGCAGAGCUUCUACGCCAAGGGAGGCCGACCUUUCUGCAAAGCUCACGCCCGCUGAAUUUCAGUCAACGUCUUCAACUUCCUUGUCCUGUUAUGUUUAAGCACUGAAACUUUUUGUUCGUGUAUAUUUUGUUAUCACGAUAAGCAGACAAAAAAUUAAGGGGAAAAAACGUUAACGUCUAGUAUUAUUUUCAUACAUAUGUACUCUAGGGUAACUAUUUUGAAUCGAAAAGUUACAGAGAUUAUAGAAAUAAAAUGUGUUACCAAAUUUUCAGGUCAGUAAGUAGAGGGUAGUAAGACGAGUUAUUUUAGUCAGCAUGUCCCGACUCUAAAACGUAACAAACGUCAGAAGAAUUCAUUCAGGCACGCCUCGGAGGUAGGCUAUUCUUCAUGCUAAGCCUGUAAGAUAGGCAACUAUUCGUGCUAAGCCUUUUAAGGUAGGCAACACAUCAUUCCCUACUUCUUUAACGUUAAAAUUUAACUACGAAAAGUGCCACGAGGAUGCACAGGAUUUUUUUAAACCAUUCUUUACCGUUGGCUCACGUUACUUGUUCAGUACUUCAAGAUUUAUGAAUGGUAACUUUUUGACGGGCUGUUAAAAAAAACUUAAGUUUCGAACAACCAGCGCAACCUUUCAGCAGUGAGUGCCAUUAAAAUGUAUAUAUUGCUGUUUUGGCUGUGUCAGAACUGUACGAGCCAACCUUCCAGAUGUUCCACGAAUACCCGCAAACGUUUGCAGGCAUUGCAUAACGACAUGUCGAUACUCUCCCAUCUACAAUCCGGAGAAUAUCCACAAAAAUUGCUCGUCUUAGCUAUCUUUAGAUGGAGAAGCUGUGUAUUUUGAUUAAUUUAUGCGAUUGUAAACGUUGUUGAUAUUUUUAGUUUGCAAAUGCACAAUUGUGUAUAAAAAACCGUCAACUGUACCAACGUGUUUUAGAGCUUACAUAUUAAUUUUAUGUGUCUUAAAACUUAAUGUCUUACUUCUUGUUUACACUGAGAAUUUAAAAUGCGUACGCAACACUUGCCAAGAUUAACUUAUUGUUAGUUACCAUGCAAUGAAUUUUUUAUUUAUAUAGUCCUGUAAUUAUAAAACAUUGUUUUUACAUCGUAAAGUAUCUGUAACGGCAUUAUGAUUUAUUUGACUAUUAUGUUAUCACUUAAUUAUAUCUGUUUAAAUAUUCAAGGUCAAUGCUUAUUACUCAUUUCAGUCAAAAAAAAUUGGAUUCUGAACUUUAAGAUAGUAAAAUGAACGUAGCAAUAAUUUCACUUAAAAAAAUUUACCUCCAAAAACAUGUUAGUAAAUUGAACUCUUCUUUUUUAAAAGUUUAAUAACUAAAAUAUUCUGCUUAUACCAAAAAUAAGUUGCUUUUUACUUAAGCUCAUCAUGAAAAAUGUAUUAUAUACCAUAUCUGAAUAUCAUAUCUGCUUUGCUUGUUAACUGUAUUUAGAUGUAAUUAUAUGUUAUAAUUGUUGUAAUUUUGUGUUAUAAUCUAAUUAUUAUUAAUUAUUUGCUUGGCUUCUAGACUGUUUUGUUUCUCUACGAUGAUAGUUAGUUGCUGCUUUUAAUCAAUGAGUCCACUGAAUGAUGCUUAAAUAGUUUCAUAAAAUAAAUAUUGGUGACUUUAUAUUUUAAUCAUGGUUGCAGGCACCACCAAUGCAAAUAAAUAUAAAUGAGUAAAUUCUAUGUAUUGUAUAUAUUAUUAAAAAGUGUAAUGUAUGAUUUGUUUUCAACUAGAAAGGAAAUAUGACUUAUUUUUUUUCAGUCAAGGUACCGAAUUUGUGUACAAGCUGUGACUUAUGUUGGGUACUUAAAACGCAAAGCAUUGAGAGUUAAUGCCAUGCAUCCUAAGAUUAGUUUUCUGAUAUGUUGGUGAUGAUGAAUUUUCUUCAUAAAUUUGACUUAAGGAUCCAAUGAAAAAAGUGUGCCUUUUAAAUGUUACUAAUGUUAAGACUUAGAAAAUAGUUUUAAGAAAGUUUGCAAAAGCAACAUGUUAAUAAUAUUGUUUUGAAAUAUAUUAAAUAUAAUCAGUGCAGAAUAACAAA